AAUCAGAGCGUAGAGCGUAGGGAGCGCCGCUGUUUGAAUGCUCUGCGAAAACAGACAGCCUCGCAACCGAUUUGUCGAGCUAAUCAUAGCACAAUGCAGUUAGCUAGCUAACGAAUUAAAUAUGUGUAAUUCAUACAGUUCGCCGUUUGAAACGAGGUAAACCGUAAGUUUAAGUAGUGUAACAUCGAGAAGAUAUUUUGUUUUGUUUUUUUCGUACGAAGGUUGUUAAUGAGUUAAUGUGACUUGCUAACCUUAGCUAGCUAACUGCAUUGCAACUGAAGCAUGAAGCUAAUGUUAGCCAUUAGAUAAGCGCUCCAUAUUGUAACGUUAGUCAAGUUGUUAACAUCUCCUUGGGACUGAGUAACUUUGUAGCUCUUACUGUUGACGGUUGUGGAGAGCGUCUUGUGAGCAAUUAAGAUCCACGUGAGGAUGAGUUAGCGUCAGAAGUCUGGAGAAAAGGUUUAAGUUAGAAAGACUCGGGGUCAGAACAGAACUAAUACAACUGUGAAUGUCAAGUUUAUUUUGGUCCUGACAGAUGAGAGUGAACGAAUUGUUGCAAAGUUAAUUUGAAAGUACAAGGAAGGAGUGUGAAAUGAAAGUCAUGGAGAAAAAUGUGAUGCGUCUAUUGGCUGUGCAACACCUGCGCACAGCGUAUGGGAUAAAGACAAAGAACUGGAACAAAAACAAAGCGGCCAGCUGUAAGUCAACAGCCAACAACUCGACAAAGGUUUUCGGGGUAUCUCUGGAGAACUUACCGUACUAUAAUAUGGAAUGUGGGAGUGUGCCAAGCUUUCUGGUCGACGCAUGUAUGAAACUGCUGGCACAUAUCGACACAGAGGGCCUGUUCAGAAAAUCAGGCUCUCUCAUUCGCCUGAAAGCACUGCGGGCAAAAUUGGACGCGGGUGAGGAGUGCCUGUCCACUGCACUUUCCUGUGAUGUGGCCGGUCUGGUGAAGCAGUUCUUCAGGGAGCUGCCAGAGCCUGCGCUGUCCACAGAGCUGCAGGAGGCCUUCCUCAAGGCCCAGCAACUCCCUACCGAGGAGGAGAGGACCUCUGCCACCAUGCUGCUGUCUUGUGUACUACCCGACAGAAACCUAACCGUCCUGCGUUACUUUUUUGACUUCCUCCACAAUGUGUCUAAGAGGAGUGCAGAGAAUAAGAUGGAUAGCAGUAACUUGUCUGUAAUCUUGGCUCCCAACCUCCUUCACUUCGGAGACGGUACAGAGAAGAUGAAUGCCAACACUGAGAAACGCCUCAAGCUACAGGCAGCCAUAGUACACUGCUUCAUAGAGAAUGCCCACAACUUUGGUGUGUUACCACAGUUUCUUCUAGAGAAAGUUCCAGCCAUGAUGGGCUGUGAGGCGGGGGUUCUGUCCCCUACACACGAUGAACUUGAGGAGCUUGAUUUAAACUCAGGGAUGAAGAAGAGACACAGACGCAGCUUUGGAUAUAUGGUCAGUGGUGCUCUGAAUAAGAUAAAAACUAAUAGAACUCCCACAAAUGCCACCCAGUCAGACAGUCUCGUUUUUUCUUCUGCAACUCCUGUGAUUGCAACACCAUCCUCAAAGCGAAAACUUCCUUUGGAAUCUGGUCACUCUUUUGGAUUCUCAAACAAGAAACGUAGAUCUGUCAAAAAGAACCUUGGAAUAGAAUUACUUCCCAAUACUUUGUUCAGCGGGACUUCCACUCCUGGAUCAGCCUACAGUGCCUUAGGGGUGUUGGACUCUUCCCAAAAUACCGUGUCAUCAGCAGGGAGGUCUAGAAGGCAGUCAGCUACCUCUGUGAGGAGGAAGAGCCGAAGACUUAGCAACAGGCAUGCUGUCAACAGAGUUGAAUCUGGGAGGGCUGGCUGCUUUUCUCCUAAAGUCAGCAAGAAAGAAGCACCACGCAAAUCUCUGCGCUUGCGUUUUAGCCUGGGGAAGAGCAGCAAAGACGCUGGGUCUGAGUCCAUUGGCUGGCGACUUGCCACUCAGGAGAGCACCACCAGUUUUCGUUUCACCAAAGAGACAGAGUUCAGUCCAUCAGUUCUGCCUAGAAAGGCUGAAUCCAAAAGCUCCAAGUAUAUCAGUAAGUCUGAAGACAAUUUGCUGACCCCCCAAUGUGACCCAAGUGCCCACCGGACCUCGUGGAGCAGGGAGACUCCUGUAGGAGGCCAGGCUUUCAGCGGAGGAUCUUUCACAGACACCCCCAUGAGCAUUUGCCUAAAAAGCAGCUACAUGUCUGAGCCAGCCAUUGUCAUAUCAAAACCCCCAGCAGUGGCCAGCCUUCCCAAGAAGCUGUGUUGUGCUUCCAGUGCUGAGAGCCUGGAGAGUGAGAGCUCCAUCACUGAAGCUCCGAGCCAAACUGGUCCCACCCUGCUGAAAAUAAAGGCCUUCCCAGUGUCAGGCAGUGACCUCCAGGCUGUCAUGCAGGAUCCCUGCAACUCUACGGUAACAAUCGCAACAAAACCACCAGACAGCAUCCUAGUCCCUCCACCAGAGACUCCUAAAGGCAAAGUUCUGUUUGUGGACACAGAGGCUUCCAGCUUCCCAGCUCCACAGAGCCUUCUAGCUAAUGAUCAGAACAUUACCUUUGGCCAGAUUGAAAUUGCUGCUUUAUCACCGUUGCAUAUUGACAGUGUAGUUUUUGAGUCUGGUGUAUACUGUAGUCCAGCAGUAAAAGCUGAUAAAGAUUCACUCUAUGCUGCUCCCAUCUGUAGCCAUAACAGCUCCAUGGUGGGAGAGAGUGAAAGGGAGGUAGAGCAGGUGAACUGUAGCAGGUUGAUCGACGCUCUAGACAUACAGAGUCCCGCUCUCUUCAAACUGGGUGUCUUCUCUGGGCUGCAGUCCACUCCAUACAAGCUGGACCUUGAACUCCGAGAUGAGCCUGGUACACCUCCUAGUACUAUAGUCAGUGCGGUACAUGAUAAAAAUGAAUCCCCAGAGGUUUGUUCCAAAGUCCAAAACCAACAACCCCUCUUACCAUGCAGCCUGGAGGCAGAAAAGCGUCGGGUGGCAGACCACAUUAAUCACUUCAACAAGCUCACCCUUCAUUCUCCCAGAGGCUCCACGGCCAAACAAAUCAGAUCCCCGCUCAAGUUCCAGCGCACCCCUGUGCGUCAGACUGUCCACAGGAUGAAUUCUCUCCUGGGGGAGAGCAGGAGACCCACCAGAAAUGCAGAACUCACCACCAUCCAGAGAGGUCCAGUGGGGAAGGCAGUGAGCCUGGAGAGCGGCCUCUCCCCUCACCCACAGCUUCAGCCUCACCAGGGAGAGGCACAAGUGGGACUGUCCAACAGCCUUUGUCCCAUAAAGAAACCACCUUCUGUCCCACCCAAAAAGCCCAGCACCUUGGCCCGCAAACCCAAGGCCUGUGCUCUGGGCGACGUGACCAACAAGGUCCAACUAAAGACCAAAGUGGACUGUUCUGUCCCUGAUCCAUCAGGAACUCAGAAGCCUCUUGUGCAGCAGGUAGUAGGGAAGGACAUGAACCAUUACAGAGGUUCACCUAGAAACCCUCUUAACCAAGGACAACUGCUGUCUGCUACCAAGCCUGUAGAUUUGUAGUUCAAAAUCUUUUUUUGCCUUUAUGUUCCCUCCUUACUAUGCAGGUCUGUCUGGUAGGACUACAUAACAUUAAAGCAAGGGUAGGUAACAUUGGAGAAAACUAGCAAGAGACAGCUAGAUUUUGAAAGUAUCAAACCGAAAAAUCCCACCCCCUCCCUUCAGACCUCCCUCCAAAGCCACUCCCCCAAAACACAUUUUCAUGCCCAAUGAGCGUCCGGGCAGAGUGCACGCAGGUAGGUAGGUAGACAGGCAGGUAGGCCAGCCAAUCAUUUUAUUCGGGCCAAAUGAAAUAAUUGGCUGUGCUUAUUACAGGCCUGUACAGCAUUUGAUUUAUUGAUUGCUGUCGGGAUGUAAAAAGAAUUUCAACAAAUAUAACCAAAAGAAAUUCUGAAAUACAUUACCCACCCUAGCUUUAAACAUUCCCUCUUAUGUUAUCCAUUUUUUCCCCCAGGGUUUUAAUUUAUUUUAAAACAGCUACUGUAGGUGCUGUUUGUGUUGUGUUUGGGCCUUAAUGGGAGAUAUUCAUAUGCCUUAUGUAUGUUUUACUCUAGUAAAACAAGUUUAGAAGUCAAACAUUGACACAUAUCAGCCUACAAGAUUAUAUGUUGCGUAGUGUUUAGACUAGUGUGCAGGCCAAGUUAUGUGAAAUGUGAUUGGUGGUAUGACUGGAAAUGUUUAGAUCAAGUCUUAUGCUUUUAUUUAUGCAUUUUAUAUCUAAUCCUUAGUUUAAAAAAAAAACGGUUUACUUAAGUUGCAGUUCUUUUUUUUUUUUUUUUUUACUCAUCAUGAACAGAAAGAAGAAAAAUGCACCUUUUGUUGGAUUCUAUGAAAGAAAAAAAGCCACACAGUAUUGAUCACAUCAUCUGUCUAUCGCAGUCCAUUAAUUUCAAAACCAACAGCCAGUAAAAUGCUUUGCCAUGUGAACUGCUUUAGACAAAUAAAAUCAAACAGCAUAUAUCUCUA